UUUACAAGUGCCCUGCCCUAAAUCUUUACCACACGGCUGGUCAGUCCCUUUGCAAAGCUCUCGACACAACGGGAACGCGGGAACUUUUUUCCCUUCGCGCGGAGGGUGACGUCGCGCGUGUGCCAGCGUCCCUUUCGCAGCACACCCGUUACGCUCUUGCGCGUGCGCAGUGAGCUCGAAUAGCUGCUUCCUCCCGCUUCUCUUCCUCCCUCCCCCCCAUAUCCGUGCGCCGAGCUGAUAAAGGCGCCAUUUUGGAGGGGCCGCGGGAGACGUGGUGUCGCGGCGGGCUCGCUCUGCCGUUCGCUAGGCUUGGUGGGAAGGCCUGUUCUCGAGUCCGCGCUUUUCGUCGCCGCCAUGUCGGGAGGUGGUGUGAUUCGUGGCCCGGCAGGGAACAACGACUGCCGCAUCUACGUAGGGAACUUACCUCCAGACAUCCGAACCAAGGACAUUGAGGACGUGUUCUACAAAUACGGUGCUAUCCGCGACAUCGACCUGAAGAAUCGCCGCGGAGGACCGCCCUUCGCCUUCGUUGAGUUCGAGGACCCGCGGGAUGCGGAAGACGCGGUGUACGGUCGCGACGGCUAUGAUUACGAUGGAUAUCGUCUGCGGGUGGAGUUUCCUCGAAGCGGCCGUGGUACAGGCCGAGGCGGCGGCGGGGGUGGAGGUGGCGGGGCUCCCCGGGGCCGCUAUGGCCCCCCAUCCAGGCGUUCUGAAAACAGAGUGGUUGUCUCUGGACUGCCUCCAAGUGGAAGCUGGCAGGAUUUAAAGGAUCACAUGCGUGAAGCAGGUGAUGUAUGUUAUGCUGAUGUUUACCGAGAUGGCACUGGUGUCGUGGAGUUUGUACGGAAAGAAGAUAUGACCUAUGCAGUUCGAAAACUGGAUAACACUAAGUUUAGAUCUCAUGAGGGAGAAACUGCCUACAUCCGGGUUAAAGUUGAUGGGCCCAGAAGUCCAAGUUAUGGAAGAUCUCGAUCUCGAAGCCGUAGUCGUAGCAGAAGCCGUAGCAGAAGCAACAGCAGGAGUCGAAGUUAUUCCCCAAGGAGAAGCAGAGGAUCACCACGCUAUUCUCCCCGUCAUAGCAGAUCUCGCUCUCGUACAUAAGAUGAUUGGUGACACUUUUUUGUAGAACCCAUGUUGUAUACAGUUUUCCUUUAUUCAGUACAAUCUUUUCAUUUUUUAAUUCAAACUGUUUUGUUCAGAAUGGGCUAAAGUGUUGAAUUGCAUUCUUGUGUAAUACCCCUUGCUCCUAACAUCUACAUUCCCCUCAUGUCGAUAAAUUGUAUUUUAAGUGAUGUCAUAGCCAGGAUUGUUUAAAUUUAGUUAACUCUCCAUGCUCUUCAGACUGUGAUAUUGUGUAAAUGUCUAUUCUGCUCUGGUUUGUGUGAACUGGGAUGUUGGGGGUGUUUGUGGUUAUCUUACCUGGGGAAGUUCUUAUGUUUAUCUUGCUUUUCAUGUGUCUUUCUGUAGACAUAUCUGAAGAGAUGGAUUAAGAAUGCUUUGGAUUAAGGAUUGUGGAGCACAUUUCAAUCAUUUUAGGAUUGUCAAAAGGAGGAUUGAGGAGGAUCAGAUCAAUAAUGGAGGCAAUGGUAUGACUCCAAGUGCUAUUGUCACAGAUGAAAUUGGCAGUAUUGACCUUAUACUAAAAGGCAAGGGUUUAAAUUGAUUAUGUAUACAUCUACCAUAAAACACUUGUAAGCAUCUUAUGCAGUUACCUUUAGCUACAAUUGCUUUGCUCUUUAAACCUUGGCAAUUGUGGCAAAAUUACAUUGCCCAUUUUGUAACUAUUUUGCUCCCUUCCCUUUUUUGUUUUAAUAGGGACUAAUGUGGGAAGAACUGGCUAAUUUGUCAUAAUGCUUAGUUACAACUGUUAAUGUGUGACCUGCUGUUGGUGUACAUGUGGGUACAGGGUGUCUUUAAUUCCAACCAGAUAGAGUAUAAUAUCAAUACUGCUAAAUCUGCAUGUCCUCUGUGUGACUGAUAUAGCGUUGCUACUUCAUUUUUUAAAGACAAAAUGAAAGCAAAAUAUAGAGUUCCAACAUACUGGUGUAGAUAAUCUAGUUGGGAAUAAUUUUAAGUCUCACCUUCCCCUUUAAACUAGUAUUCGUAAUUGACUCAUGUUUAAAAUACUUUUAAUUUACAAAUUAAAUUACAAAUGGGAGCGUUAGAUUUAGUUUAGACUUAGGGGGGUAGCAGUACCAGUAAACUUUUCAACUACUUAACUUUUUGCAACCACAAAACCUGUAAUACGCUGUACAGUAACAAGUGUUGGCAUUAUCAGUUGAACUGUAAAUAUAAAAUGCUUCUUCCAAUUAGUCUCUAUGAUGAUUAAGUUUCUAAAAUUUAUCAGAACACCAUUCAGAAACUUGUUUUGGGGAAUUUGAUAGUUAUUGAUGUACAUCUGUUAAACUGAUGACAGACAUAACUCAUCAUUCCCCAGAAACCUUUUUUGAUUACAGUAUCUAACAUUUUGCCUCCUCUUUUUUGGUUUUGCUGGUUAUAAAGGUUUGGAUUGGAGAGGGCUCACUGGAUCCCAAUCCUUGGAGCUGGAUCAUUGGAUUCAAAUCAUAAUGUGGAUAGGAUAGGGAGGAUGAAUUACAAGGAUUCAUGGAGCGGGAUCAGAUUACCAGGAACAUAGGAGUGGAUUCCUGCCCCAACCAAACCGCAUACGUGUGGAUUUUUUUUUUUUUUUUUUUUUUAUUCAACUUAAUUGGCUAUUCCAAAGAUUUUUUUUUUCCUAUUUUUGACGAUUGGAGCCCUUAAGAUGCACGAUGGAAUUGUGUUUUGCAUUUUUGGUAAAAGGAGCAAAGCGAGGACCUGGAGAUAUACGCUGGAGCAAUCUCCUUGGAAGGAUUCAGCACGAGUAGAUGGUAAACAUUUAAAGGGGAAAGGGGGGGUUUGUUUAAAAUAGUAAAUCAGUAAGUCACUUCUAAAUUUAAAGAAAACAAAAUUGGAGUUGAAGAAUAAGUAGGUUUCCAAUUGGCUGUUGCCGUUUUUCUUUGAAAAAAAUAAACAUUUUUUAAAAAACUA